CCAUGGCCAGCCCGCUGCGCUCCUUGAUGCUACUGCUGGCGGUCCUGGCCCUAGCCUGGGCCGGAACCUCCAGGCCACCCCCGCGAUUGUUGGGAGCUCCGCAGGAGGCAGAUGCCAGCGAGGAGGGCGUGCAGCAAGCGCUGGACUUCGCCGUAAGCGAGUACAACAAGGGCAGCAACGAUGCGUACUACAGCCGCGCCAUACAGGUGGAGAGAGCUCGUAAGCAGCUUGUGGCUGGAAUAAACUAUUAUUUGGAUGUGGAGAUGGGCCGAACUACAUGUACCAAAUCCCAGCCAAAUUUGACUAACUGUCCUUUCCACGACCAGCCCCAUCUGAUGAGGAAGGUACUCUGCUCCUUCCAAAUCUACAGCGUGCCCUGGAAAGGCACACACACCCUGACAAAAUCCAGCUGCAAAAAUGUCUAAGAGCUGAGUCUCAUAGGACCAUGCCAAUGGUCCCUUACUUGUU